AGGGGAGGGCAGUGCACGUUAAAGCAGCACCACACAAGGAGGAAACAUUGCAGACACACGCCUGCGUUUAUGCGCUAAAUAACAGCCCGCUGGUUCAGCCCAGGCUUCUCACCAAAGACAAACAUCCAAGCAAACUGCUGCUAAGCUGCGGUGCCGCGGGCCACAGUGGUCGGGAAGAGCAGCCCAGUCCCGGAGCGCUGGAGCCAAACCGCCGUCCGGCGACUGGCGAAAUGGGUUCAGAGCCACCGUUGUCCCCUCAGGUCGUGGAGGAGGGGGGUGAGGAGGAAGAGGAGGAAUUGAGCGGGGCCGAGGAAGGCGAGCUGAGGGUGUCGGCGGGGAGGGGCUCCGUCCUCACACGCAGGGGCAUCACACUCAGGGUUCUGCUAAAAGACGGCCUCGUGGAGUCUGGGGACGGAGUGCUGUCCAUACACUACCUGGGGAAGAAUUUUGUGGGCGACCUGCUGACAGACGGGAAGAUCCGCUGGGUGGAGACGGGUCAGAUCUUCAACUCUCCGAGCGCCUGGGCCACACACUGCAAGCGUCUGGUCAACCCGGCCAAGAAGUCCGGCUGUGGCUGGGCGUCGGUACGCUACCGUGGACAGAAGCUGGCCCAGUACAAAACCAGCUGGCUACGCAAGUACCAGCCCAGCGCUGAUGUGAGCCUGGCCAGUGAGGGAGAGGAUGAUGAAAUGGCAGAAGACGAAGAGGAGGAUGCGAAGGCUGCCUUCCCAGCCGAGGAAAAAAACCGGAAGUCCAAACCAGAAUCCCAUGACGUCAGCGUGGUGCAGAGGAGAGGAGACAGAGAGAGGGUCCCUGUCAGAUACUGCUCGCUGGGGACCAGAGACGUCGCCAGAGACCCCCACACCCUCGUGGAGCUGUCGGCCUUCUCAGCCAUCAACCGCUUCCAGCCGUUCAAUGUCGCCGUGUCCAGCAACGUCCUGCUGUUAAUGGACUUCCACUGUCACCUGACCACGAGCGAGGUUGUGGGUUAUCUCGGAGGCCGAUGGGACACCACCACACAACUGCUGACAGUUUUGCGGGCCUUCCCCUGCCGCACACGCCUAGGUGACAGGGACGCUGCACCUGCUGUGGAGGAGGAGAUCUGCCAAAAUCUGUUCAUGCGAGGGCUGUCAUUGGUCGGCUGGUAUCACAGUCAUCCUCGAGGCCCCGCCCUCCCUUCUCUCCAAGACAUCGAUUCGCAGAUGGACCACCAGCUCCGCCUACAGGGCAGCAGCAACGGCUUUCAGCCGUGUCUGGGGAUCAUCUGUGGACCAUAUUACCAUGGCAACCAGGGUGUGGCAUCAACAAUCACUCCAUUCUGGGUGGUUCCUCCUCCAGAGCAAAGGCCUAAUGACUACGGUAUCCCCGUGGCUGUGGAGGUGACGUACGUGCAGGACAACUUCCUCACCACAGACGUCCUGAACGAGAUGAUGCUGCUGGUGGAGUAUUAUCGAGCUGCUCCUGACCUGGUGAACUUCAGUCAGAUGUGGUGUCCUGAUACCUCAAUACUGGAUAAGAUCAAGGCAUCUUUGAGUGGCCACGCCCCCAAAGACCAGGCCUACGCCCAGAUCCUAGAGCACGUAUACAAUCAGCUACGGAACAUGCAGUGAGGAAAGUGCUCUCUCCGCACUCAUGUGUCUGUGUGGAAGGGGUUCUUUUUCUCGGGGAGGGGGCUGGCGUUUCACAAAGCAUGACGGCUGAAGUCUGUAGCUCUUCCUAUUGGACAGCCCCGACUUUGGUUCCAUCCGAGACCCCCGCCACCCGUGAUCUGCUGUGUUUCGAGUCCCUUCCUGUAACACAGCCGCGUGUGCCCUCGUCGAAGGUGGAGACGAGGACCUGGACGUGUGCAAAUGCCUGUUGUGUCAACCACGACUGUUCCCUCUAGACAUGCAUCCUGUGAACCUGUCUUCCCUUUCGUCUAGAUGGCUUAGAGUAGGAAAGCGAAGGGGUUAGGAAGAAAAAAAGACUUUUAACAUGCACCCCUUUUCCUUGUAGCUGGUAUUUAUCUGUAGUUGUGGUUUGUGGAGCUCCCAGAAGAGAAAAAAAACAAAAUGACUUUAGGCUACCAAAGGCCUGCAAAUAUACACUGGAAUCCAUGAAACAAUCUGUGUCUGUUUCCUUUUGAUACGGGAGGAACUGUCAUCUUGUAGCAGCGCUCAAAGGUGGUGCACCAGCUACAACACUGAGAUGGAGUAGAAUUGCUAAUCCAGUUUAGCAGCUGCUAGUCUGUGUCUUCCACUGGAUGUGUUAUUUAAUACAAUUUAUAGAUUAAAUGUCGACUAACUGAUUAAAUGUUUAGCAGGUUUUCCAUUAAAGUGCUCGUUCUGU